ACUUUUUCAGCAGAAUGCCGCGCACCAAAAUAGCUAAACGAAACCGCCAGCAGUUGCGCGAGGAUGCGGAACGCGAGGAUCAGCUGUGCAUGGCAAAGAUGAAGCUCGAAUCGGCGCUGGAGAAGAUCGAUGAGCUGGGCAAGCGCAGCGCACAGCAGGUGCACAAUCAGCUGCAACUCAUAUUGGCGCGCACGCAUCAGCAUGUUCUGCAGAUGAAGUGGAACGACUUUCUGAAACUCAAUCUCGAGCACUUCGAGGACUAUCGUAUUGCGCCUCUGCCCAAACUGCGCAGCACGUCGAUUGCACGCAGCAGCCGUCUACGCACACCGCAGCCUCAGCAAACGCCGGCGACACGCCUCCAGAUACAAUCCGUAGAUCGGGCAGUGCUACGACGCGCCGAAUUACCAACUAUGGCGCUGCUGCGCUGGCCCAAGCCCGGCGAGUUGGCUCUCUCGACUGGCGGCAGUCCGCUCGCCGUGCAAACCUUUCCAGAUCGCUGUGCAAACGUUCACAUACCCACCAAGGCGGGCGUGCUGAAGCUGAAGCCCCAAAAGCUGUCGGAGGUGAAGCGUGAGGUGCUCAAGCAGCUGGACUCGACUACUCUCAAUCAGAUCAAAACGCUCAACUCCAAUCUGCACAUGAUUGUGGACAUGGCCACCAAGCUGGGCAAAUUCUAA